CGGGGGGCACGCCGCGAUGGGCCCCAAGCGGCGGCAGCUGACGUUCCGGGAGAAGUCGCGGAUCAUCCAGGAGGUGGAGGAGAACCCGGACCUGCGCAAGGGCGAGAUCGCGCGGCGCUUCAACAUCCCGCCGUCCACACUGAGCACCAUCCUGAAGAACAAGCGCGCCAUCCUGGCGUCGGAGCGCAAGUACGGCGUGGCCUCCACCUGCCGCAAGACCAACAAGCUGUCCCCGUACGACAAGCUCGAGGGCUUGCUCAUCGCCUGGUUCCAGCAGAUCCGCGCCGCCGGCCUGCCGGUCAAGGGCAUCAUCCUCAAGGAGAAAGCGCUGCGGAUCGCGGAGGAGCUGGGCAUGGAUGACUUCACUGCCUCCAACGGCUGGCUGGACCGCUUCCGCCGGCGGCACGGCGUGGUGUCCUGCAGUGGCGUACCCCGCGCCCGUGCGCGGAACGCGGCGCCCCGGACCCCGGCGGCACCCGCCAGUCCGGCUGCCGUGCCCUCCGAGGGCAGCGGCGGGGGCACGGCAGGCUGGCGCGCUCGCGAGGAGCAGCCGCCGUCGGUGGCCGAGGGUUACGCCUCGCAGGACGUGUUCAGCGCCACCGAAACCAGCCUGUGGUACGACUUUCUGCCCGAGCAGGCCGCGGGGUUGUGCGGUGCUGGUGGCAGUGGUGGCGGUGGUGGCGACGGGAGGGCCCGCCAAGCCACCCAGCGCCUGAGUGUGUUGCUGUGCGCCAACGCCGACGGCAGCGAGAAGCUGCCCCCGCUGGUGGCCGGCAAGUCAGCCAAGCCCCGCGCGGGACAAGCCGGCCUGCCCUGCGACUACACCGCCAACUCCAAGGGUGGUGUCACUACCCAGGCCCUGGCCAAGUACUUGAAGGCCCUGGACGCCAGAAUGGCCGCAGAGUCCCGCCGGGUCCUCCUGCUGGCAGGCCGCCUGGCCGCCCAGUCCCUGGACACUUCAGGCCUGCGACACGUGCAGCUCGCCUUCUUCCCUCCAGGCACCGUGCAUCCCUUAGAGCGGGGAGUGGUGCAGCAGGUGAAGGGCCACUACCGCCAGGCCAUGCUGCUCAAGGCCAUGGCUGCGCUCGAGGGCCAGGAUCGCUCUGGCCUGCAGCUGGGCCUCAUGGAGGCCCUGCACUUCGUGGCCGCUGCCUGGCAGGCGGUGGAGCCUUCGGACAUUGCCGCGUGCUUCCGGGAGGCUGGCUUUGGGGGUGGCCCCAAUGCCACCAUCACCGCUUCCCUCAAGAGCGAGGGGGAGGAAGAGGAGGAGGAGGAGGAAGAAGAGGAAGAGGAGGAAGAAGAAGAGGGAGAAGGGGAGGAGGAGGAAGAGGAAGAAGAAGAAGAAGGAGAGGAAGAGGAGGAAGGAGGGGAAGGAGAAGAGUUGGGAGAGGAAGAGGAAGUGGAGGAGGAGGGGGAUGUCGAUGAGAGCGAUGAAGAAGAGGAGGAAGACGAGGAGGAGGAAGAGAGUUCCUCUGAGGGUUUGGAGGCCGAGGACUGGGCCCAGGGAGUGGUGGAGGCCGCAGGCAGCUAUGGGGGCUACGGCGCCCAGGAGGAGGCUCGGUGCCCUGCCCUGCACUUCCUGGAGGGCGAGGAGGACUCGGAAUCAGACAGCGAGGAGGAGGAAGGUGAGGACGAGGAGGAGGACGAUGAUGACGAUGAAGAUGAGGAUGAGGAUGGCGAUGAGGUGCCUGUGCCCAGCUUCGGGGAGGCCAUGGCUUACUUCGCCAUGGUCAAGCGGUACCUGACCUCCUUCCCCAUCGACGACCGGGUACAGAGCCACAUCCUGCACUUAGAACACGAUCUGGUCCACGUGACUAGGAAGAACCACGCCAGGCAAGCGGGAGUGCGGGCUCUGGGGCACCAAAGCUGAGCCUCCGCCUGGCCGUGCCCCUGGCCCUCACUGGCAGCAGCAGCCCGGGACAGAGAGAAAGAAACCCCUGGGUCACUGCUGUGGAUGGAGCCAGAGGUGGGGCCAGCGGGGAGCCCUGCGCCCUUCAGGGCAGCAGGCACGCCCCGGGUGGGCUGCAGCCAGCCUCCCACCUGCUUCUGGCCCCUUUCUCUGAAUCCUCUUUUCUCCCCAUUUACCCCUGGGCUCUGGAGACCAGGCGGAGUGGGUGGGGAGCUGUCCGGUGCUACCAUGCCAGCCCAUCAGUGGACUAAACCACGGCAGCAGCCAGGGUUGGAGCCUGCGAGCUGCCGGCCGGAUAGUGCCUCUCCCCUCUGCCGUCCACACCAGGUCUUUGGUGGGGGGGAACCCCAAAGCCAUUCUGAGAAGGGCUCCAGGGGACAGUCCAGCCUUGGUCCCUGCAGGGCUGGCAGCCGCCCCCCCAGCCCAUCCCCGGGCCACUUGGAGAAAGCACAUCUAACGCAUGGCACUCAUGGCAGGCGGCUGAGCCUGCCUCCGCUCCGCCUGCUUCCCAAUUCCCUACUCCCAGUGUGUAAGCCAGUCUGUGUGACUUUGGCCCUUGGUUUGCUUUCUUGAUGAGAGGUUUCCAAGAGGCGCUCCAGGGGAGUGGCACUGGGCACCCCCCUCGUGGGCAGCUGCAGGCCCUUGCCUCUCCUCCCUCUCUGGCAGGGCCCUUCCUGGGCACAGGGGCCUGGGGCUGGGCCCAUAGUCCAGCCGUCCAGCUGCUCCUCCCCCCAGUUUGAAUUCAAUAAAUCCGUCCACUCCCUUUUGUGGGGAGUGAGCGUUUUAACAGCC